UAAACAACAUGUUUGGGUUUACCAAAUCAACGUCACACUUAAAUAUGGCUUAGGACCAAGAAGUACACGUACAUUUGACAGCUUUUUGGGUGCAACCAUGACAUCCAGAACAAGUCUCAGGCAGCAGAUAACAGAAGAUCAAUUCGCAACUGACAUUGUUUUGAGUUUCUUCGUUGCAGCGCUGAAAAGUUACAAAUUUGACUCGUUACUGAAACCAUUUCCUCCCCUUUUCAGUAAAGAAGAUGGAGAAAAGGAUAUGAAAUCACUGGAAAAGACAGUGGAAGAAAUACCUGCAUUGAGACAUCUAGCUGCCAAUGGAAUUCAUACAGGAGAAUGUGCUCUUGGACUACUGCAGUGGGUCUUGGAUAGAGGUUCAUUUUCUAUUAAGACUGUGAAAUCCUCCCAGUUUGAAGAGAUUAAGAAGCAGACCGGAGAUACUUCGCCAGCCACAAACCCAGACUUUGUGUUUGAAGUGAUACGCAGUGAAGCUGAUGAUGCCAAAUUUGAGGAAACUCGUCGCCAGAGAAAAACAAUGUUUGCCUACCAUGGUAGUCGACUGGAAAACUUCCACUCUAUCCUGCAUAAUGGACUGGCAUCUCAUAUGAACAAGAUCUCGGUGUUUGGUGAGGGUACCUAUCUGUCUAGUGAGUUGUCAGUCUGCCUCCUCUACAGCCCAAUGGGCCUGGGAUGGGAAAAGAGUUGUAUUGGCCACAAACUAAGCUGUGUGGCUGUGUGUGAGAUUAUUGAUGACGCCUCUGUCAAAUGUCAAGUCAAGGAGGAUGGUAACAACGAACAGACAAACAAGAAGCGAGCGUACGCUGCCAACAGUGAAGGCGGAGAUGUUCCGGAGAAGUACUAUAUUGUACAGAACAAUGACAUGCUUCGUAUCAAAUACCUGCUGGUGUAUGUGGAGAAAGCAUCUCAACAAAAAAGGGAAACUCAGUCACGAAGAUGGCACAACACCUGGUUAUUCCAACACAGAUUUGUGCUAAUGAUUGUGCUUUACGUGCUGCUGUUAGCCUUGGUGGCUCUCUACAACUCCCGGAUAUUCCAGUCCUAUCUCCGCAAAUUCUGGAAAUAUAAAUAAAAAGUCAAUCAUC